AUGUCACCUCUUCGGCAGUUGACCUUGAAAUCGAGGCGUACUAUGUUCUCCUUCGCCAAAAAGUCACUCUGGCAGGUACCGCCCAGCUCGGGGCCGCCAAUUCCUCAACAGGAACUUGUUGACGAAGAGGUUUGUCCUGACUACAAUUCGGCGACAUUCUACCCGGCAAAGCCGGGGGAAGUACUCGCAAAGAAAUUUCAACUACUUGUCAAAAUCGGGUGGGGAUCUCAAUCAAGCGUGUGGCUCGCCCGAGACAUUUCCAGACUCAAAUGGCAGUCUGAAAAAACAGUGGCCCUGAAAAUAAUUAACAGUAGCAACGCUGACGAUGCUCGUCAUGAGAAGGAGAUUGAAAGCCAUAUUACACAGCGACAUUCAGAGCAUCGUGGCCGCGUAAUUCUACGGACGUGCCUGGAUGACUUCGAAGUAACUGGUCCGGAAGGAAAGCACAUGUGUCUUGGGCGUUUCAUUGAUCGCAAGAUUCCUCUCCCUAUUGCGAAGGCCUAUAUCUAUUUCCUCCUUGUUGGCCUUGAUUAUCUUCACUCAGAGUGCAAAGUCGUCCACACGGAUCUAAAGCUAGGGAAUAUCCUCAUGAGCUUUGAAAACGAAAGCAUUCUUAUCGACUUCAUUAAACGACAACAACCGAUGCAAUGCAAGGUUGAUAACGAGAGUGGCCGAAAUAUCUACCGCUGCCAUAAUGACUUUGGUGCUAUUGAUGGGAGAGAAAUCAAGAAUAUGGUUCCCAAAAUAGCCGAUUUCGGGCUCGCAACAAGACUGGACAAGCCGUCUACCCGAAAUGGAAUGGUAGGACAGCAACUGGGCAUUUAUCCUAUCCAACCGGACUAUUACCGUGCCCCGGAGGUAAUCCUUGGCUGCGGUUGGGAUUUCAAGGCAGAUAUUUGGAACUUUGGUGUGCUGCUGUGGCAUAUCCUUGGGGACAAGGAGUUGUUCCAGCAGGUACAUAAUACAAACGGCCAGUAUGACGCAAAGGCACACCUCGCGGAAAUGAUUGCCUUACUUGGCCCACCCCCUGGGGUAUUGCUUGCGAAAUCAAGGGCCACGUCAGAGCAUAACUGGCCCCAGCCUGUCAUGAAUGAUACUAGAGCACUCUGUAAUAAUGCCCAAGAGUUCUUUAAUGGCCCUUUCUUUGAUGCAGAAGAUAAAUUCUGCUAUAAUGAAUUAAUCCCAUCCAGAAGUUUAGAGGAUACAACUCUGUUCCUUGAAGAGAAUGAUCAAGAGGCAUUUCUAUCCUUUAUUCAAGAUAUGCUCACCUGGCUCCCAGAGAAGAGGAAGACAGCUCGCGAACUGAUGGAUCAUCCGUUUCUCAAACUUGGGGGUUGA